UUACAGAUGAACCAGAAAUUAAUGAUGUUUUUACGAAAGUAAAUAAGAGGAUUAAAACACAAGAGAUUGAAAAUAAUAAAAAUUUUUCCAAACUCUCUGAUAACGAGAAAGAAGUGUUAAGGAAAGAAUGGGUUGAUAGUAUCGUAUCCACGAUAGAAACCUCUUGUCAUGAACUCAGAUACCUUAUCGAUGAUACCAAGAUUGCUGUAAAUGCCAGAAAUGAACUAGAGAAAAUGUCUUUUCUCCAAAUUCGAGCUUUACACGUUGCCUUGAUACUUCGCAAAAAUAUUUUCAUAACAGGUGAUGCAGGAACAGGAAAGACACGAGUUCUUAAGUUUAUAAUAGCCUAUUACAGUAUUAUCCAUCGAGUUAAUAUUGAGAUUACUGCAUCUACUGGUAAGGCUGCGCUUGAAUUAAAAUCAUCUGGUAAAACCGGCCGAACUAUUCAUUCGGUAUUUAAGUUUGGUAAGAAUAUAUCACCUAACAAGAUAAAAUGGAAACUAAGAGAUAAAGGCUACUGUGAUUGGCUAAGAAAAGUGCGAGCGAUAAUCAUAGAUGAAUGUUCGAUGGUUAAUGAUGACCUUCUCGAUUCUAUC